AUGAAACAAGCAUUCCGGCGCGGAGCAGCGAUGGGGAUGGAGGCGGGUGACGGUGCUGGAAAUGAUGGCAACGGAGAUGCAGAGGAAGAGCGUCGAGACAGAAAAGGACGAAGGAGCGGUGCAGCUGCACAAAAAGUUGUCCACUGCAGCGCCUGGAAGACAGCGCGCCAGCGCCUGCUGCGAGCAGACCGGCCGGUGCCAGAUGGUGCCAAAGUCGCGGCCCAGACUGGAAGGCCGCCAUCAUGGAACCGGCGACACCGCGCCACGCAACGCAGCGCCGCCCACACCGGCAGCCGCGCUUCUUCGCACCGUGGCCUCGCCCGCAUCCAGGCACUCGGCGGUUAG